GCUCCGCACAACGCUUGCAGGCUUUUUUCUUCUUGACCCGACCCCGUUCCUUUGAAGCACCACACAUCCUCCCAACUACCAGCCAUGGCAACCCGCAAGAAGGUUCUCCUGAAGGUCAUCAUCCUCGGUGACAGCGGUGUCGGCAAGACGUCGCUGAUGAACCAAUAUGUGAACCGCAAGUUCAGCAACCAAUACAAGGCCACCAUUGGCGCCGACUUCCUGACAAAGGAGGUCACCGUCGACGACAGACUAGUGACAAUGCAGAUCUGGGAUACUGCCGGCCAGGAGCGUUUCCAAUCGCUUGGCGUUGCGUUUUACCGCGGUGCCGACUGCUGCGUGCUUGUGUUUGACGUGACUGUACCCCGCUCGUUCGAGAGCCUUGAGGCGUGGCGCGACGAGUUCCUCAUCCAGGCCAGCCCGCGCGACCCAGAGCACUUUCCCUUUGUUGUUCUCGGCAACAAGGUCGACCUCAAGGACAACAGAGCGAUUACAGAGAACCGCGCCAAGUCGUGGUGCGACGAGAAGGGCAACAUCCCCUACUUUGAGACGAGCGCCAAGGAGGCCACAAAGGUCGAGACGGCCUUCCUCACAAUCGCUCGCGCCGCGCUCCAACAGGAGAAGGAUGAGGACAUUUACCACGAUUUCAAGGAUGCCGUCAACCUGGACGACGUCCCCGACAAGAAGCAGGACGGCUGCGGCUGCUAAACCCAUCGCUCCGCGCCCCUCCCCCUCUCUCCCCUUCACUUGAUCCACCCCCCUUCUUCCAAACACAUUCCAAAGCAUGUCCAAUCAUGUCCCCUCCCCGCUCCAGCGCGCACAUACGCAAAGGGACUCAUUCAUACGCACCCUUUUCUUCCCACCUUAUGCAUUCCUACAGUUGGCGUGUGGCCCGCGUGUCGCGUGUUGUCUCCACACGAUGACGCUUCAUGGUCCUGUCUCUUUUCCCUUCCUUUGGUCUUCUUCCUCUCUCCACCAACACGCACGCACGCGCACGCGCGUUACUUUGAGCUGCUGUGCUGUUCGCAGUGGUGAUCGCGUGUAUGCGUGCGUGCCUCUGUAUCCCUGUUCGCUUCACACUCGCCCACACACGCCCAUCUUGCUUGUCCCCCCUGUGUGGUUGGUUGGUUGGUUGAUUGUCGUGUACUUGGCGGCGCUGUUCUUCGUUUUCUCCUCCUUCUUCUUCUUCUCCUCCUCUUCAUCCUCUUCUUCUUCGUGCUUAUUAGGCGGCUUUGUGUUGUUUGUACUGUGUUUCCAUUGGCCUCUCUGUCUCUUCGCGUUCGUUGAGGGACGCUGUGUGUCGUGUGAUUCGUGUCUGACGUCUGCC